AUGGUAAUUGAUACUCAAAAUUUUUAUGGUAAAAGAACAAAUGGGAAAAAUUAUCUUGAAGAGAAUAUCGAAAAAUAUAAUUUAUUAAAAAGAAUAAAGAAUUUAAACGAACCAAAUAGAAAUAAAAACAUAAAAAAACAAAUUUUUUAUAAGCAGCAUGAAGCACUAUUAUGCUAUAAUGAACUCUUAAAAAGUAAUUUAUUAAAUAGCAAUAAAAAUAUAAUAUUAUAUACAGAAGAACUAGAUAACUCUAAGAGAUGUUUUAUUGUAGACCAUUUUUCUAAUUUUUUAAAAUAUUAUUGCUUUUGUUCACUAUCAUUAAGUGAUAUUUAUUUUAAUGAAAAUACAGAAAAAAAUAAUGCCACAGGAAUAAAUAAAAAUGAUAUAAAAAAUGAAAGUAAAAAUGAACAAGAAAUGAAUUUAUAUGAGCUCAUUAUAACAAAUGAAAAAAGGUGGCUAUUUUUUGAUAUAGAAUAUGAUAUUAUAAAUAAUUAUGAAAAUAAAAAAUCUAUUUUAUUUAUAUUUAUUAUUGAGUUUUGUUUAUAUAUGUAUAAAAUUUUCAACAUUAAAAUUUGCUUAAAUGACUUUUUAAUAUUAGACAGCUCAUCAAGUAAUAAAAUAUCUUUUCAUAUAAUUGUAAAAAAUACUCACACACUUAAUCAUGAUUAUUAUGAAUAUUUAAUAGAUUAUUGUUAUUUCUUCUUAAAUGAAACUAAUAUAUCAGAAAAUACUUUUUAUAAAAAAUAUAAGGAAAAGCAAAAGAAAUCCAAUUUAGGAGAUCAACGAAAUUAUUUGCUUUUUGAUAGUGAAGAAUCUAUAAAAAAUUUUGUUGACUUAUUUAUAACUCAUAUAAUUCACAAAAUUGAUCAAACUGAAAAUAUUUUCAUAAUUAAUUCUUCUACUAUUUAUCUCGAAUAUCAACAGAACAAUUUUUUUAACAACAAUAAUUUUCACAACAAUAAAUUGAACGAUCAUAAAAACAUAAGCGGCUAUAAAAAUAUAAACAAUGAAGGAAAUAUAUGUGAUAAUAAAAAAAUAAACGAUGAUAAAAAUAUCAAUAAUGAUAAAAACUUAAAAGAUGAUAAGAAUAUGAAUAAUCAAAAUAAUAUAAAAGAUGAUAAAUAUCUGAAUAAUGAUAAAGGCUUAAAUGAUGAUAAGAAUAUGAAUAAUGAUAACAAUAUAAAAGAUGAUGACUUUUAUCAUUAUGAUGAUUAUCAUAUAUUUAAGUAUGAUACAAAUGAUAAUAUAGAAAACGAAAAUGCAAUUGAAAAAAAAAUAAAAACAAAAAAAAACCAAUAUUUUUAUAUGUAUCAUAAAGAAUUAAAAGAUAUAGUAGAACAUUACAUAAAGAAAUUAAAAAAUAAAGAUUUUGAAAAUGAAGAAAAAUACAACUUCAUAAUUUUGCUUUAUGCAAGAAAAAAAAAUGUUGAUUUAAAUGAACAAACAGGGAAUGAUGAAAAUAAUUUGAGCAUAAUGAAUGGAUCUAGUUUUGUUGAUAAAAAUAUUAAAAAUUUUAAUUUCCACCAAAAAAAAAAUGAAGAUAAUGCAAUAAAACAAAUAAAGAGUACAGAAAAGUGCAUUUCGAAUUAUCACAAUUUAGUUAAGAUUUAUGAAAGUAACAAAAAAAAUAUACUUUUAAAAUGUAUUAUUGAUAACUCUGUUUAUAGCAAGAACAGAAAUUUUCGAAUGAUUUUUUCAAGCAAAAAAAAUAAAAAAAAUAAAUUAUUAUUAAGUAGUAUGAACAUUAAAAAAUAUAAUAGAAGCAAUAUAAAUGAUGUGAUAUUAAAAAGUUUAGUGACCUUUUAUUUUUAUAACGAUGUAAAUUAUCAAAUAGAUGAAGAAAUUUUUUUAAAAAAUGAAAAGAUAAAAGGAAAGAACGAAACAAAUUAUACUAAUGAAUAUAUUUAUACAUAUAAACAUUUAAAAAAUAAACAAUCAAAUAUGUAUAAAAAUAUCAGUUUAGACAAAAUAAAUUAUGAUCAUAUAAAUAAUAUUUUAAAAAUAAUUUUCUUUUGGAAUUUUGAAUUAUAUAAAAACUUUAAAAAAAAUAAUAUUUACUUGAAUAAUUUUCAAAAUGAAAUAAAGAAGGAAUAUUUUUAUAGAAUUAUUUUAAUAUAUAAUAAUUUGAAAUUUGAAAAUUAUAAAGAAUAUAUAAAUAUCAAUAGCACUAAAUUAAAUACUCAAGUAGAAUUAAAAGAUAAUGAAAAAAAUACCAUUUAUAAUGGUACCGAAGAAAAAAGUAAACUAGUAAAUAAAAAUAAAAAUGCCAUAUGCAAAAGUAAUUCAAUUAAUACAAACGACUUGGAUAACUAUGAUAUAUUAUUUUUAAAAAACGAUAUGUUUUAUUUUUAUGUAUUAAAUGAAUAUAAAAGGUAUUUUGAUAAUAAAAUUGAUGAUCUAUUUUUUUUAAUAAAAUAUUUUAUAUAUUCUAUCUCAUAUUGUGGUGAAGAAUACAUUUUAAAUUUUCGAGAUAAUAAGUAUUGCAAAAAUAAAAACCUUUCACAUAAAUCUAAUCAUAUUUAUAUAAUUUACAAUUAUAAUAGGAAUUUGUUUGUUCAAAAAUGUUAUGAUAAUGAUUGUGCUCAUUUUGUUUCAGAAAUCAAUUAUAUAUGA